AUUUGAUUCAAUUCAAUCAAAUUUUAUCAAAUCUCAGAUUUAAAACACAAAAGUCAUGUUUCAUUUUCGCCAAUAUUUCUUCAAAAAGAAUGCUAAAACUACUGCUAUGUUAAGAAGUUAUCUUUGUAAAUAUUCACAUAAUACAAUACAAGAAUCCAAAAUGCUUUUCAUAGCCACUGAAGACAGAUAUAAUGGCCUUACAAUUGAGGACACAGAAAAAUCAACAGAAAUUGAAUUUAACGCUAAGCUAGACUAUUCCAUAAGUAAAUGGAAAUCAGAAGGCCGAAAAUGUUUAUGGUUUAAAAUAAAUAUAAAAAAUUCCGUUUAUGUUCCAUUGUUAGCACAAAAAGGUUUUAAUUUUCAUCAUGCCAGAGAUGACUUUGUGAUGAUGUACAAAUGGUUACCUGAUGACUCCGAACCAAAUCUACCUCCUGCCUGUCACACAAAUUUGGGUGUUGGUGCUUUAGUCUUUAACAGAAAAAACCAGAUGUUGGCUAUUUCAGAAAAACAUUACGAAUACCCACAUUGGAAAUUACCUGGAGGAUAUGUUGAGAAAGGGGAAGAUAUUGUAGACGCAGCGAUCAGAGAAGUCAAAGAAGAAACUGGUGUAGACGUGUCAUUUUUGUCUUUGAUUACACUUCGACACUCGCAUAAUAUGAUGUACGGAAACUCGGACAUUUACUUACUGCUCAUGAUGAACGCAAUCUCAGAUGAGAUUACUCUAUCUCAGAGAGAAGUCAAAGAUUGUAAGUGGAUGGAUAUUAAAGAAUACACCACUCAUCCUCAUGUACACGAAUUUAACAGGUUGAUUGUGAGAAAAGCCCUCGAUUACAAAACAAGAAAUAUAAAACUCGACAUACAGAAGCGUACAGUGAAAUGGUCACAGUUUGUUAGAGAAAUGAAUAUAUUAUCCCUCGAGGACUAUAAUUACCAUUGACGUCAUCAAGACUUACA